AUGACUUCACACCUUGGUGACCACCUCGAGGAUCACCUGGAGCCAUCCAGAGAUGACAAUCUCUAUUAUCAUGAGGAGGAGGAAGCUCCCGGUUACCAGGCAUACACUUCUCAGGCAGAUUACCCUGCGAAGCCUACCUACUCUGGAAGUGGUUCAUCUCAGCGACGGUUCGAUGACUAUAACACUUCUCUUGAGAAGAAGGAAGGUGAUAUCGAGUUCACCGAAGUCGUUGAUGAGUCUGAACACUACUCGCAGAAGUGGUCUACGUAUACUGACGAGUAUAACCCUGACGGGCUGCGGGUCGCAACAGAUGAGGAGUGUAUGACUCUUCGAAAGAUCGCUGCUCCGAUCUCUGCCAUGACUUACAUGCUGUCUCUAGUCGAGUUUGCCGAACGAGGUUCCUAUUAUGGGCUAACCAACGUCAUCUCCAACUUUGUUCAAUUCCCUUUGCCUCCCGGAGGAAACGGCUGGGGUGCUACACCCAAAGACUCUCAGUCCACCGCUGGUGCUCUCAACCAGGGACUCCAGGUUGCUACUGCUCUCACUCUUGUUCUCCAAUUUCUGUCCUACCUCACUCCCCUUCUUGGUGCUUACCUUGCAGAUUCAAAGUACGGGCGUUUCCCCACAAUUUGGGCCGGUACCAUCGUUUGUGGAGUUGGUCAUGUCAUCAUUGUUAUUUCCGGUAUCCCCGGUGUUCUUGAACACCAGAAGGCCUCAUUAGGCGUGUUUAUCGCUGGGUUGAUCAUCUUUGCUUUUGGAACAGGUCUAUUCAAGCCUAAUUUGUUGCCUCUCCUUCUGGAACAGUACCGAGAAGAUGAUAACUGGGUCAAGAAGCUCAAGAGUGGUGAGGAGGUUGUUAUCGACAAAGAGUCCACCCUCCAGCGAAUGACCCUGGUCUACUACUGGUCCAUUAACGUCGGAGGAUUCCUUGGUUUGGGUACUGCCUACGCUGAGAAGCGAAUCGGCUACUGGCUCGCAUUUCUGGUCCCCACUAUCCUCUACUUCUUCCUUCCCUUCUUCCUCUUUAUUAUCCGAAACCGGGUUUAUAAGGCUCCUUCUAGCGAGGACUCCAUCAUCGCCGGUUUUGUCGGUGUUAUGUGGCAGUGGCUCUUCAGAAAGCCUUCUACUUACUCGGAGAAGUUCGUGGCUGAUGUCUGGACCACCCUCAAGGCUACCCGUUUCUUCCUUUUCUUCCCCAUCUACUUCAUCAAUGACAACGGCAUUGGAGCUCUUUCCAACUCACAGGGAAGUUCGAUGAUCACGAAUGGUGUUCCGAACGAUCUGCUCAACAACUUCAAUCCCAUCACCAUUAUCGUGGCGGUGCCUAUCGUCAACUAUAUCCUGUAUCCUCUGCUGCGUCGAUACAGAAUCAACUUCCGCGCUUCGUUUCGAAUCUUCCUGGGUUUCAUGCUGGCAGCUUUCUCUCCCAUGAUUGGAGCCAUUCUGCAGUGGCGAAUCUAUGAAACUUCUCCUUGUGGAUACUACGCAACAGAUUGUGACAAGGGUGUUGCUCCCAUCACCAUCUGGUGGCAGGUCUUCCCCUAUUUCUGCACAGCGCUAUCUGAAAUCUUUGCCGUCACUACCUCCUACGAGCUGGCCUACUCCCUUGCGCCUGCCCAUCUGCGAUCUAUUGUCCUCGCUCUGCUGCUCUUCAUGUCGGCUUUCAGCACCGCCAUUCAGACCGGUAUCACUCCGGCGCUGGUUGAUCCCCAUCUGAUUUGGCCGUUUGUGGGCAUUUCAGUGGCGGGUGCAGCCUUUGCCAUUGCAUUCUUGUGUUGUUACUGGCGUCUCGGAAAGGGCCAGGAGGUUUCUGUCUAA